GCUACAACCAAAAGGCUCCCUUCGCGCAGCCGCCGCGUCCCUGGCACCCGAGCAAAGCAAACGUCAGUUUGUUUAACAAUCGCCGAGUAUAAAAUGCUCCAAUCAUAGAGGAGACUCGCGGAGGGGGGAAAUAAGGCUGAGGUCAGCGCAAAGCCAACAAGCAGCAGCGGAUCUCCCUUCGCCGAUCUUCCCACCUUUGAUACUCUAGGGCAGCUAAAAAGAAAAGUAAAAUACCCGGGAAGCAGGCACAUCGAUGCUAGCUGUUUUGUAGGAAGGGAAGCCUCUUUCCCCAAAGCUUUUAGAUCCAUCCUCCAUUCACCCCUGAUCUCUCUCACCUUUGAAAGGGAGCCAUGGCUGAUAGCCUGAGAAGACUGAUCAACAACGAGACCUGCAGGAUUUUACAGGAGAAGUUGGAGAACUGGUAUAAAGAUUAUCACAUUAACUCAUGUGAUCAGAAUCUGACCCGAUGCUGUGAAAUCAUGGAACUGAACUCCAUGAUUCAGGGGCAACUCUUCACAAUCCUGAAUAAAACAAGCCAAGAAGGUGGACAUUAUGCCGGUGUGGAUACAAUAAAGUCUCGUCUGUUGCCAUGGCUGGGCACUUGUUUUUCUAGCCACACUUGUGGGAGCUCUUCUCACUUGCAGGAAUCACGUGAAAAAGACAGAUGGAUGAAGGAAUUGGCCUGCACCCGGGACCAAGAAAUACAUCAGCUGGAGAAAGAGCUGAACAGCACUCGUUUACAGCUCAGUUUUGUACAACAAGAUUUAGCAGAAGCCCAGGUGGCUCUUGAAGACACAAAGGCCAAAUCCGCCACCACUCUUUUGGCAGCAGAGGAUGAAAUUGUUCAGCUAAAAGCAGAGCUGAAGGCUUCUCGGGUAAAAGAAGAGUGUGCUUUGAAAAAUCUGGACCGGAUGAGUGAUUAUGAGCAGCAGCUUCAAACACUGAAGGAUGAGAUUGCCAUCCUUGGUGCUCAAAAAUCUCUUCUCCAAAACAGACUUGCACUAAGCCGAUCUCCUUCCCCGAGAUCUAUCCGAAGCAGAUCACCUAGUCCGCUUCCCAAGCGAAGUUCCUCACCCGGACGAGCGAGACUUACAAACGCCUCCCGACAUGCUCGCCUUGUGGAACGCUUCAGUGAUAUUUAUGCUCAGGAGCGCUUGGAUGCUCAAAGCCUCCUGAGAAGUUAUGUCGACGAUCUGGAGAUGGUUCAGAGAAUAAUCUAUACUGCAGUUGUGGAGUCUUUCCGUGCCGCAAAGAUGGCCUUCAGACAGUUCAAAAUGCGUGUUCGAAAAACCCUGUCCCUAAGUUACUCAGGGCCUGAAUCGCUUGAAGACAUGGUCAUGGACUACAUUGUUCGCCAGGAGGAUCUGUAUGAUGUUCAAGCCAGUGUCUGCGAGGUCAUUCGUGCAAUGAAUAUCAACCCUAAGAUUUCCUUCCCACCAGAAACCGAUUUUAUCAUGAUUAGCGGCUUAAUACGUGAGAUGUGUCGCGUCGCCUUUUCAAUGCAGACUUUGGAUCCUCCACUUGACAUUUCUUUUGGUACAGAUGGAGAACUUUUCAGCGAGUACAAAUAUCGUCGCAGCUACGACUCUGAAUUUACAGCUCCCUUGGUGGCCUAUCAUGUAUGGCCUGCUCUUAUGGAAGAAGAUACUGUCCUGGUGAAAGGAGAGGCAGUCACAAGAAGAGGCGCUGUGUGGUCUCAAAGGGGUAGAAGCAGAAGCCGCAGCCGAAGCCGCAGCCGCAGCUGUAGCUUGAGGCCCCUCUCUCCUAGUGCAGGCCACUCCCGACAUUUGCGAUCCCGAAGCCGCAGCUCUUCCCCGUUAAGGAGCGGGAGCCCAAGAAUUUAGGUUAACUGGAUAUGCUUUUUUGAUUCUGUACAUCUGGAUCAAUCUGCUUCUGUGGUGCCGCUUCCAGUUCCGAGAGUACCUCAAACCUCACUUAAAAUAAUGUGAACAGCAGCUUUGAAUCACUCCAAAAGGGGAGUGAAUGGGGAUUGGUGAUUAUUAGUAUGGGUGGUUUUGGUUUUUGU